AUGACUACUAUCGCUAAGCAAGGGUACUUGAAGUACGGACAAUAUCUCCAGAUCCUCGGAGUCUCCGUGAACGCUGCGGAAGGAGAGAUUGAUAAGGCCUUCGCAAAGGCAACAGCGGACUUCAAACUCAAGCAGGAAGCUUUCAAUGCUUUGAAAAAUGGGCACCCCGUAAUUAUUCUUUCGAUUGGGAGUUCAGGUCGGGACGUCCGAUUCAAUGCCGUGGUAGAAGAAAUUGCUCGCGACGGAAGUGCCUCCAAUCAGCAAGUUCUUACCAGCACAGGCGUCGAAGGCCAUCCGCAGAACAUCAAGUACGCCAUGGCAUCAGAAUAUCGGAACUAUGUGCGAUUUAACAUCUCCCUCCUCUAA